CUCUUCCCCCCCCACCCCCUCCCAUCUGUAACCCCAAAUACCCCGCACCGUUUACCGGGGUUUUUAGUGUAUGCUUUCGGUUAAAGCAGAGGAGAUCAUUUAAAGGCCACAAUCCAGAAUGUCAUUGGAUAGUUAGAAUGCACCAGUGAACAUGUGACACAGGUCAACUGAACUGAUGAUGUAUAUGUUCUGUGCACUAAUACACGUAUAUAUGGGGGUAUGAAUUAUGUGUUCUCAUUUCCGAGUGGUCUAUUAAAAUGGUCCUGGAAAGCAAGUCAAAUCUGUUUAUUAUUAUGGCAUAAAAAUAAACGACCUUUAUCACAAGACAUCAAGCAAGUAUCCCUGCUUAGUGUAAUUUCCUGGAAUUAACCAGAUAAAUAUCAUAUAUAAGGAUUUUCUCGUAAAAUGUAAUUCAACGCGAUGUCUUUUACUUAAAACAAAGACGGUUCGCAGCCACAGGAACACAUGGGGACGCCGCUCAUUGGCCGGAUCCACCGAUGACGAAAUAACGCGGAAGUGAAUCUCCAGACGAAGGAAGAUGGCAGCCCACAGGUGCAGCCGCUCGGCUCUGCUGCUUGUUCUCUGUAGUUUGUGUCUGUUUAGCAUCGCGGAAAGUCAAGAAACGACACCAGCGGGUGAUCAUCGUGCCACUGGGGUCGAUAAUCCACAAAGCGUCACCGGAUCAACGGAGCAAAUGGCCGAGCAGCCCACGGUGGUGGAGGAGGAGGAGGAAGAGGAGGAGGACAGGCGGUGGGAAGCGACUCGGGAUGAGGUGGAAACCGAAAACACAUCUGCCCCCGACACAUCUGCCCCAACAUUCGAGGUCCACUCCUCGGUACCGAAACCUAAAGACGAUUUCCAGGAGGAACUGGUCAUCAGACCGCUUCACUCCGGAGAUAUUUAUGCCAGCUUCCAGUUCCGCACCCUGUGGGAGACGGACUUCACGACAGGAAACAAAGUGUCCCACUACCGGCUGUUCCCCAAGUCGCUGGGUCAGGUCAUCUCCAAGUUCUCCGUGCGAGAGCUGCACAUCUCCUUCACGCAGGGCUACUGGAGGACCAUGCAGUGGGGGCAGCCCUUCCUCCCGUCCCCGCCGGGCGCUGAACUCUGGGUCUGGUUCCAGGACUCGGUGACGGAUGUCGACGAGACGUGGAAGGAGCUGACGAAUGUUUUGUCCGGGAUCUUCUGCGCUUCCCUUAACUUCAUUGACUCCACCAACACUGUUCAGCCCAGUGCGUCUUUCAAACCGCUGGGAAUAGGAAACGUGACAGACCAUCGCUUUCUUCGCUAUGCAACCCUCCCACGAGAGAUUGUUUGCACUGAGAAUUUAACACCCUGGAAGAAACUCUUGCCAUGUGGAUCCAAGGCUGGUCUUGCCGUGCUGUUGAAGUCGGAGAAACUCUUCCACAGCAGUUUUCAUUCCCAGGCCGUGCACAUCCGGCCUGUGUGUAAGGACUGGCAGUGCAAAACAAAGUCUUGGGAGCUGAGACAGACGCUGAAUGUGGUUUUCGACCUGCACACCCCUGGACAGGGCAAACAAGAGUGGUCUCUUUUUAAGAUGUUCUCUCGGACCCUGACGGAAGCCUGUCCAUUGGCCUCAUCCAGUAAAAUCUACGUGGACAUCACAGACGACCCUCAGGGUGAGCAGUUUGAGGUUAGCCCAGCCACGCACUUGCUGAGCCAGGCAAUGGUGCUGGGGGACAGACGGACCUUCUCGCUCUACGACCUGACCCAACAAAUCACCUUUGGCACCGUGCGCUCCCUUAACCUGCAUAUCCGCUGGAAAUCCAGUGAGGGAGACAUGCUGCGUCCCCUGCUCCACGCUGAGCGCUACGUCGCUGGUUACGGGCUUCAGACCGGAGAGAUUCACACGCUGAUGUACAACAACCACCCCUACAGGGGCUUCCCUGUCCUGCUGAUGGACUCCGUGCCUUGGUACCUCCGUCUCUACAUCCACACCCUCACUGUCACCAGCAAGGGAAAGGACAACAAGCCCAGCUACAUCCACUACCAGCCCUCCAAGGACCGUGUGAGGCCCCAUCUGCUGGAGAUGCUGGUCCAGCUUCCUCCAAACUCGGUCACUGAGGUCACAGUGCAGUUUGAGAGGGCUCUGCUCAAGUGGACCGAAUACACACCUGAUCCCAACCACGGCUUCUAUGUCGGGUCCUCUGUAAUCAGCUCUCUGGUACCAAGCAUUGUCGCCAUGGAUACAAACAGCACCCGGGAACAGCCUCUUUUCAGCAGCUUUUUCCCCUGCAAGGAAGAGUCCAGCUACUUUAUGCGCGUCUACACUGAGCCGCUGCUGGUUAACCUUCCAACUCCAGACUUCAGCAUGCCUUAUAAUGUCAUCUGCCUGACCUGCACCGUGGUGGCUGUGGGGUACGGCUCCCUGUACAACCUGCUGACCCGCAGCUUCCAGAUAGAAGAGCCCAGCCCGGGAUUGGCCAAGCGGCUGGCCAACAUCAUCCGCAGGAUGAGGGGCGUGCCGCCACUCUGAAAAAUAUCUGCCAACUGGUUCUACUUGUGGAAAGGAAGUUGUCCCUUCUGGUAAAAACCACUGGCCAACAUGGGAUAUUCAGGGAAGAACUGAGUCAAGCACUGGUAUGAAUGGUUUUUUUUUAAAUGGUCUAAUUGAGGAAGUUUUUGAACAUAAAUCUUUGGAUGCUUUUCCUGCUCACUAUGGACAAGAAAAAACAGACAUUUUUCCACUUGGAUGGAAAGCAAGAGCUUUGUUUUUGUUCUACAAUGAACCCAAACUGUGCAGCUUGCUGCUGUGGUGAUUGCAUCGGAGGGUUUUGGUGUGAUUGAUUGAUUGUUUCUUGGGAUGUGUAAAGCCAUUACUCUAUUUCAUCAUAAUUACGCCACAAUGUGUUCCUACGAGUGCUAAAUUGAUGUUACUAUCACAUUAAGUAUGAGACUAAUGGUCUCAUACAACAUUGCAACGCCUCAGAGCUCAGAUAGAAAAAACCCUUUGUUUUCUUACUGCGUUCUUGAUCUGUUAAUGUUCCUGCUAGUAACUAUAAAUAAAUACAUACAAUAACUUUUUAAGUCAGUUACUUAGUUACUCAGAAUGUGACAUUUCCUUGAAUUGCAUGAUGCUUAUGACAGCAUAUAUUUCCCUGUUCCAACUAACAAUUAACUCCAAAGCCUUUUUUUUUUUUUUAAUUGUUCUAAGAAAUUGCAUUAUUCAUCCGAAACGAUUUGUUUCAUAGGGAAUGCAAAGCCCUCUUACCAAACAUUUAUUUUUUACUUGUUGGAUGCAUGCUUGAAUGUUAAAUAUGAUUGUCUGCAGAUCUCUUCACAGGUAACGACGGCCUGUGGCUGGUUGGACUGUUAACCCAUCUGUUCAAUGCAGUUUCAUAGCCAAUGGAUGUCUGUCAAUGUGGAAAAUAUUUAACUAUCAUUAAUUACUGCCAUGCACUUGUUUGUUAAACUGUUUGUUUGUCUGCCUAAAAGACGUUAUGCAUCACUUGCUGUGGAAAAGUGUGCAGAGUGGGAAUAUUUGAGUGAUGUUUGUGUGUGUGUGGCAUAACUAUGUUCUAUUGCCUUUAAGAUAAACCAACAUCUUUCGGUCAUUUAGUUCUAGUAAGUAGCAGUGCAAGAGGGACGUCGCUCCAAACUGCACCGGAGCUGAAGCUCUAUUACUUCCCAGUGAGUGCCUACGUUUUUUGUGAAAAAAACUUAGCACCACUUCUGGCAAACUCAGAGAAAAACAAACACAGAAGUAUCUGUGUUUGGCCGGUAAACACUACCCCUGCACGUCUGUCAACAAUAUGGAACAAAAAGAAAAGAAAAGCAUUAUUCCACGUAUUUGGUCGCAUCUUGUUCGCUGAAACGUUGUCAUCUCACCGUGCAGGAUAUACAGAUCACACAGGUCUCUGUGACAUAGCUGGCUGUGUCACAGAGACCUGUUGAGUGUACGCCUUCACUUCAUUUAGCACAAAUGUUUGUGAUAAGACAAGUACACACAUGGUUGAAAAAUCAAUUUCAACAAAUUCUCUCGGCCACCUCAUUAAAUAGUCGUUCCAUU